AUGUCCGUUCCGAAGGGAGGCACGCUGAGGAUCCGGGAGGUGUGGGCGGAUAAUCUGGAGGAGGAGUUCGAGAUGAUUCGCGAGAUUGUGGAUGAAUAUCCCUAUGUGGCCAUGGAUACGGAGUUCCCAGGGGUUGUGGUCAGGCCGGUCGGGACGUUUCGCAGCAGCGCGGAGUACCAUUACCAGACCUUGCGCGUGAACGUGGACAUGCUGAAGCUUAUUCAGUUAGGGUUGACGUUCACUAACGAGGAUGGUAUGCUUCCUCAUUUCGGUCAGAACGAGUACUGCGUCUGGCAGUUCAAUUUCCGGGAGUUCAAUCUUAUGGAGGACAUUUACGCGCAGGACUCGAUCGAGCUUCUGAAGCAGAGCGGCAUCGAUUUCAACAUGAACCAGGAGAGAGGGAUUGAUUCAUUCCGUUUCGGCGAGCUUAUGAUUCCGUCAGGCGUUGUCCUCAACGAGAACGUGAACUGGAUAACGUUUCACAGCGGCUACGAUUUCGGGUACCUCCUUAAGGUGCUGACGUGUCAGAACCUUCCGAGCAACGAAGCAGAUUUCUUCAACCUCCUCCGCACAUACUUUCCCACCAUCUACGACAUUAAGUACCUCAUGAAGUUCUGUGAUAAUCUCCAUGGCGGUCUGAAUCGUUUGGCGGAAACCCUAGAGGUGGAGCGGAUUGGUCCUCAGCAUCAAGCCGGGUCGGACAGUUUGUUGACGUCAGCAGCUUUCAGGAAGCUAAGGCAGGACUUUUUCAAAGGCUCUGCUGAGAAAUAUGCUGGUGUGUUGUAUGGUCUUGGAGUUGAUUGUGAGCAGUAA